GCCGAUCCCUCUCAAAGCUCAAAGUUGACAGGCUUGACAGCUCGGAUUAGCUGCGUGCUUGCUGGCAGGCUUUUUCUUGGUCUCGUCACUAAUUCUCGGCCUCACAGACUGUCGAGGUUAUUCUUGGGUCCACCAAUCUCGCUAACGUCGCGUCUGGAUAAUGUCCAGCUCUCUAGCGAAAGGCAGAACAGAGGAAGAUGAGGCUGAGCUCAGAAGAAGUAUAGCAACGGGAGGGGGAAAGAAGGAUAGUGAUGGUGGAAACGCUGUAUCCUCUAUUUUGUGCUACUGUGUCGCGUCUAUCAUGAUGACUCUUGUGAAUAAGUUUGUCGUGUCUGGUAGCCAGUUCAAUAUGACAUUCCUGCUGCUCACACUUCAAUCAACCGUCUGUGUCGGUGCUGUAUGGUCUGUCAAGAAGAUCGGAAUAAUCUCUUUCCGUAAUUUCGAUACCCAUGAUGCGAAAGCGUGGUUCCCUAUCAGUUUCCUCCUUGUUUGGGUUAUAUAUACCGGCUCUAAGAGUCUUCAAUACCUUAGUAUACCCGUUUACACAAUAUUCAAGAACCUGACGAUCAUCCUCAUUGCAUAUGGCGAAGUCAUUUGGUUCAACGGUCGAAUUUCUAGACUUACAAUGGUAUCUUUCGGUUUCAUGGUUUUCUCAUCAGUAGUCGCAGCUUGGGCCGAUGUGAACGGUGCAGAAACCGCUGUUGCCGCUAUACCAGUCAGCGCAAGCGCUGGUCUCGAAAUCAUGACCAACAUGGUACAACGGCUUGAUAUCGGGUACUUCUGGAUGCUUCUCAAUUGUUUGGCAAGCGCGGGCUAUGUACUUCUCAUGCGCAAGCGCAUCAAAGUUACAGGGUUUUCGGAUUGGGACUCGAUGUUUUACAACAAUCUACUCUCCAUACCCGUGCUCGCUGUCUUCUCUAUUAUAGCAGAAGAUUGGGGUACUGCGAAUUUAACUCGGAACUUCCCUCCCGAGACUCGAACAGUGCUGCUAUCAGCGAUCGCGUUUUCUGGGGCAGCGGCCGUUGGCAUUUCAUAUACCACUGCUUGGUGUGUUCGCACGACAAGCUCCACCACGUAUAGUAUGGUCGGUGCUUUGAACAAGCUACCUGUUGCAGCGUCCGGCAUGAUCUUCUUUGGGGAUCCCGUGACGGUUGGAUCUGUAUCCGCAAUUACUAUGGGGUUCUUUGCUGGAGUAAUCUACGCGGUCGCAAAGAAUAACCAGAAGAAGCAGGAGAUGCGCGCUCAGACUGGCGGCGUUCUUCCAAUGACCAACCGGACCUCGUCGUAGCCUAUUCAGGUCUCUGACCCUCAUUCCUGGAGAAUGACCUCGACCUUUAGUUAUCCUAAACCUCAGAAGGACGUGCGCGUAAUAGCUAGCGUCAUGCUCAGCCUCAUUUAUAGACGGUGAUAAUUUUGC